GUCAGUAUGAUAGCAACUUUAGAUUGUGGCGCGAUCUCGAAAAAUUUAUUCAACUAAAAAGUUUUUUCUUUGGUGAAAUAAAUUACAAUAAAUGGAUUUUAUCGUUUUUUGUUGAAUAUUUUAAUUAAUUGGAAGUAUGUACUCGUUCUAUCGAACUUGGUUGUCGCUGGGACCGUGCGGAGGUAUCCCAACGUUCCAUACAACCAUGCCUGCUGCUACCCCUCUCAAUUUAUCAACAUCAGCAAAUCUACCGGGAAUCCCUGAUGUUUCCUUGCAAGUUGGACCGAAUUUAACUCAAUUUUCUGCUCAUAAAGUAGUUCUGGCAACCCACAGUGGUUUUUUCAAAGCUGCUAUAGCCAAUCAACAUGGCUCUUCGCCAUUGCUGGUCCCAAACGUAAACGUUGACGAAUUUUCCUCUCUAUUGACUUUUAUGUAUACAGGAUAUUUGGACUUGAAUAUAGGGAAUAUUUACAAUAUUCUUCUAGCUACGCAUAUUCUUCAUAUGCCGAGGGCAUUGGAAAUAUGUAGAUCGUUUUUGUUACAAUCUCAACCACCAGAGAUGCGAACAAAUAUAAUUAAACCAAUACCCAGUAGAAAAGCUGCUUUACCUAGUCAAGAGAUAUACCCUCCUAUGUAUAGUGCUUUACAUAAAUCCGAAGAUACGCCUUUCAAAGAGGUUAAUUCAAAGGAGCAAGUAAUAGAGCAGAAGGCAUCAACUUCGAAAAGUGAAGAUAUAGUAAAUGACAUGGAACUUAAACCACUUUCUCCGCCGAAAAGAGCAUCAUCAGAUAAGCAUAAACACAAGAAACGUCAAGGAACUUCUAAUGAAAAAGUUAUUAUAGAUAUAGCUUGUUGUGACGGUCCUGUAAAGUUUCACAGGGUUAUUAAUAAAAAUUAUGGAAUGAUUCCGACUGGGGACAACUAUGAACGAGCAGAAGUAAACCAGAACGAAGUUCUCAAUAAAGUGAUGAAUGAAAAUAUAAGAGAUAGUUUGGAUGAAGAAGCCGAAAACCAAAAUAAUGAAGUUUUCACUUGCGUUUAUUGUAAUCACACGUUUAAAUCGCAGUACUGUUAUCAAAAACACGCUAGGCGACACCUUAAUCCGAUAAGUAUAGAACCAAAAGCUAUCCCGAAAGAAUCUAAGAGAGAGGUAAAAUUAUUGGACAUGAACGUUCAAUAUUAUCCUUGUAAAACUUGUGGAAGUAAAUUUCCAAGCUACUAUUUCGUUCACAAACAUAGAAAACUGUGUCACGCUGAAGAAAUGGCAGAUAAUAAUAAUAAAAACAAUGAAAUGGUACCGGAAAAUGUGGAAAAUACCGACAGCAGUUGCAGCGCCAUUGACGUUGAAGCAGUUAAUUCAGAAAAAUAAUUGUACAUAUAAUCAAACGAAACAGACAUAUCAAAA